CAGAAAAAAAAAUGCUCAUUCAUUCCCAUUGGGAGAAAGAAAUCAAUUGAAGGGGGCGUCGACGGUUAACAGAGAUAUCAUCGAGAGUAACUAUGGUGGCAAAGACAAAGAAUAUGGUUCAAGUAUUUGGAAGAAAGAAAACUGCUGUUGCAGUAGCGACGGUUACUGGUUCAGGGAAAGGUCUUAUCCGUGUUAACGGUGUCCCCUUGGAGUUGGUGGAGCCAGAAACUCUCCGCAUCAAAGUGUUCGAACCGAUUCUUAUUCUGGGCCAAGAUAAGUUUGCUGAUCUAGAUAUUCGUUUGAAAGUCAAGGGCGGUGGUCGUACCAGUCAAAUCUAUGCCAUCCGCCAAGCUAUUGCGAAGGGAAUAGUUGCGUAUUAUCAGAAAUUUGUAGAUGAAGCGUUGAAGAGGGAAUUAAAAGAUACUUUGAUCUCAUAUGAUAGAACCUUGCUAGUAGCUGAUCCGAGAAGAUGUGAACCGAAGAAGUUUGGAGGACGAGGAGCAAGGGCUCGUUUUCAAAAGUCCUAUCGUUAAUAAUAGGAAAAGUUGCGAUUGCCUUGGCAUAUUUUCUUUGCUGCAAUGGUAUGCGAAUAGUUCAACGAGUGAAGUUUCAUAUAAAGAUUGGCCCCUACUUUUGUUCCCCAUUCCAAGAUCCGUAGUCCUCUCUUGUU